CGGCAAAAAAAAAAAAAAAAUCAAAAUUUUUUUGCCGAGUUCGCGACAUCGCGAACUCUCAGAAAUUUUCGCCCGCGGUUUUUCGCCCACCCCUCACCAGCCGUGGACGUGGAGGGAAGGCAUCCCGUGUUUGUCGUCCCCCAUUCCCGCCAUAGUUUAGAUCUGAAUCACCAUCUCCUUUCAUUUUCCAACUCCAACCUCUCCCUCCCCUAGCUUAGCUUAGCUCAGUUCCCCUCUUACUUCACCGUAGUGGUCAUGGCGUCGUCCACCCCAUCAACCCCCCCGAGCGUGCCCGCACCUACUAACGAUGGCGAGGCUGCCUCCUCCUCCGGCACUGUUUACGUUACGGAUGCGUCGCAUCCUAUUUUUAAGCAUUUCGAAACCGCGCUUAAUGCGGACGGCAAGACUACGGAAAACCGCCGCUGCUGUUAUUGCGGGCACACCUUCAAUGGCGGGAUGACGCGUUGCGCGCAGCACCUCGCCGAGUGGAACAAACUUCGUCGUCGCGAUGUGACCCUCUGCACCGCGGUGACGCAAGACGUGCGCGACGGAGUUAAGGCGCUGUACGAGGCACGAAUUAGGGAGCGGGAGGGGAAGCGCGAGGCGGAGGAGCAAGCGCUGUCUGCGGUUAACGGCUGCGGCAGCGGCAAAAAGGGGCGCAUCACCAAUUUUUUCGGUGACGAGUCCGCCUGCCGUAAGAAGGAAGCGGACCGGGCGCUCUGCCUCCUCUUCGCUGGUCUGCGCCUGCCGGAGCAUCACGCGGACCACGUCCUCUUCCGGAAUGCGGUCUCCGCCAUCGCUCGCGCCGGCACUUCCUACGUUCCCCCGAAGCGCAAGUACAUCGGCGGUGCCGGCCUGCGCGACUGCCGCACCAGUAUCGAGGCCGCGCUGGUUCCCAUCUCCAGCAGCUGGCGGCGGAGCGGCGUCACCAUUGCUAGCGAUAUGAUGACGGACCAGAACGGCCGGCCCAUCGCCAACGUCCUCCUUAUCAACGACUCCGGAGCAGUUUUUACUGAUGCUGUGGACACAAACAUGGAAAUGAAGACCGGCGGCUAUAUUGCCGGUAUUCUCCGCCCUAUUAUCCAGCGCGUUGGGCCGGAGAACGUCGUCGCUUUCUGCAUGGAUGGCGGCUCGAACUACGCCGCGGCCUGCAGGAUCCUAAUCGCCGAGCACCCCCACAUCGAGCACGUGCCAUGCGCCACGCACGUGCUCGACCUCCUCAUGGAGGACAUCGGGAGGAUGGCGUGGGCGAAGGAGGUGGUGGAGAAGGCCAACAUCAUCACCUCCUUCGUCCGCAAGCACCACCUCACCCGCAACUACAUGCGGAGCGAUAAGGUGGAGGGGGGCAAGGGGAAACAGGUGCUGAAACCGGCCGGCACGCGUUUCGGCACCCAAUUCAUCUCCGUGUCCCGGCUGUGCGAGGUGCGGAUGUCUCUCACUCAGCUUGUGCUGAGUGAGGAGUGGGCCAGGUUCGCGGAUGGGGGGAGGAAGCCGGGCAGCGAGGCGUUCAGCGCUGCCAUACUCGACUCCGACUGGUGGACCAAGGCCCUGCAGUUUGUCAACCUCAUGCGGCUGCCGUUCAUGGCAAUGCGCGCCACCGACUCGUCGGCGAAGGGCAUGAUGGGUCGUAUGUACGACCUCAUGCUGCAGCUCACCGUUGAUGUCGAUGAGAAGCUGGAGGAGGCGCGGCUGGAGGGGCUCACCGCUGCGGACGCCAAUGCCAUCCGCCGCAUGGUGAAAAGGAGGUGGGACGGCAGCAUGGCGUGCCCCCUCCAUGUGGUUGGCCGCAUCCUAAACCCGGCCAAUCAGGAGGAGGGGAUCUUCCCCUCGGACAUGGAGUGCACGAGGGUAUUCAAAGCCUUCAUCGCCCGCCACUACGAAGACAAAGAGUUCAUGAGGGAUGGCGAGCCCAUUCGUGCAACCCUCGUGAUGCAAGACGGCCUCGACGCCUUCAUCACUCUGAAGGGCAGCUUCGGGCUCCCCACCGCCAUUGCUGAUCGUGCAGCAGUGAAGGAGGGGAGGCAGAGCAUGGCGCGGUGGUGGCAGUGGCAUGGGUCCGACUACCCUGAGCUUGCCGCACUGGCCUGUCGGGUGCUCUCACAGCCCGUUUCAGCGGCCGCAUGCGAGCGUAACUGGGCAGUGUGGGAGGCGGUCCACACUGCCAAGCGCAACCGCCUCGGUGCCGAAAAGUGUCGGGACCUGGUCUAUGUGUCCCACAACUGGCACCAGGUCCACAACUGGCACAAGGAGGACGGGGGGUCCUUGGUCCUUCCUGGGUGCAGCUCCGAGGCCCCUGUGCCCACGGGGUACAACCUGGAGGACGACCUGGAGGAGGAGGAGGGGGAGGAUCUCGUCAUGGAGGACGAGUACCAGUAGACCCGUCACCAGAGGCAGCUGCAGGGGGAGUGGCAGCGGCAGCACCAGGGGGGCAGGCAGCUGCAGCAGUGGGAGUAACAGCAGCAGCAGUGGACCAGUCAGCAGCAGCAGUGGGCGAGAGUGGCUGCAGCAGCUGUAGAAGUAGUAGCAGCAGUGAUAGCAGUGGUAGGGGCUAGCAGUAAGCUCUUGAUGUGACAAAUGCC